AAACCAGAUGCUCGUACUACUGUUGGUAUAGAACCAGAUGCUACUGAUCCUUCUCCUACAGAACCAGCAACUCUACAGUCAGCUUCUCAUGAAGCAAAGCUAAAUGCUGCUACUAAAGUGACAACAACAUUACCACACUAUGUUGCUGCAACAACAGCUACGACAAUGAGAGAGAGUUUCUCAGGCAGAGAUUCCAGCUGCUGUGUUAAUUCAACAGGCGUCAGUACUACCACAAUGGAUGGAAAAUUCGACAAUAUACUUUUGCUCGUUGGAAUAGGGGGAGGCUCCUGCGUAUUGUUUCUACUAAUCGCUAUUCUAACUGCAACAGCAUGCUGUCUGUUACGACGGCGGAAACACAGAGAGACAAAUGGGGACUCAGUGAAAAAGGAGGGG